AUGUUGUUGCUGGCUGCUUGCUCUGCGUUUCUCAGGGACCAGUUUCUCCUGAACCCCUCAUCAGAGCUACAGGUGUCGAUGUUGUACAGCUCAGCGGUGGUAUGUGAACUCCUCCAGUCCUGUUACACGGGUAUGCUGCAGUUCAGUGCCAAAGAGAUUGUGAACUACCUGACUGCAGCCAGCUACCUGCAGAUGGAGCAUGUGGUGGAGAAAUGCAGAGGAGCCCUGAGCCAGUACAUGCAGCCCCGCAGUCGCAGCCCCAUUACUGUGAAAUCGGAAGACCCUCAGUCUAUGCCAGUGAUUGUCAGUGGAAGUACCCAUUCAUUGGGAUCCAUUUCAUCCCCUUCUGAUACGGCAUCACUGCAUCCUCACAGUUCAGGAAAGGAGCUCCAGGCUGCCGAUGCCGAACUCUCCAACAUCCCUCACAAAGAUGACAGUGAUUUGACCAUACACUGUGUUAAAGGAUCAGAUGCAUCUGGACACUUUGAGGGAGAGGACGACGGGCCUGAGAGUGACAUCUUUCAGGUGCAGAUACACGAUGAACAUCAAGACCCCGAGAAGACCUCUAGUGCUGAGGAGGAAGACAGAGAAGCUGUUGUCAUGUUAGACGACCACGAACCGCUGGAUGCAGGUAUAGAGGAGCCCAAUAUGGAGGGGCGAGCUAAAGGCAACGGCCUCAGAGGGGCAGGCCGCAUGUGGAGACGACGGCACGGAGAGCACAGGGGAGGCAGAGGAAGAGGCUUAAAACACAGGAAGCAAUACACUUUGAAGGACCGCAAGCUCUUGGGUAACUAUCAGGAGGCUUGGCGGUUUCCAACCCCUGAUGAGAUAAUGGGCAAUUUUGGAGCAGACUUUGGGGUUGAUUACCUGUCCAAUCAGCAUCUCGCAGACGGUACCGUCCGCAUUGAGUACAGGCCUGGAGAAGAGAUCGGCUCUGAUGGAGGUCCUGCACACUUCGGUGUGGAAGCUUCCAGCGGGGAAGAGAGAAUGGGAGUUGGGACACAUACAAAUGAACACGGAGCUGCUGACGAGUCCGUAGCAGUGGUGGGAUCCACGUCCUGUGUAACGGGACCAGUGGUGUGUGAGCAGUGUGGACUAGCAUUUUCCUCAACGCAGGACUUAGCCAUGCAUUCCCUGUCAACUCACCGACUGUACGUGUGUCCAUGCUGUGGGAAGCACUUCAGCCACUCCAGUAACCUCAACCGCCACAUGAUCGUCCACCGUGGAGUUUCCAAGCUCCACUGCUGCCCCCUGUGCCACAAGACCUUCACUCAGAAGUCAACACUGUGCGACCACAUGAACCUGCACAGUGGGGAGCGGCCGCAUGUGUGCGCAUACUGCCACGUCAGCUUUGCCCAUAAGCCUGCUCUACGCCGGCACCUGAAAGAGCAACAUGGAAGGACAACGGCCCAAAACUAUCUGGAAAUGCAGCGAAACAAUGAGGGUGGUGUUGGGGAAGGGGUUUAGAUCAGAUUUAAAUAGUUACUGUUUUAAUGAAAUCAGAAUUAACCCUAUUUACUUUCUUAAUACACAUUUCUAGGCUUAUUGUGCACAAUUUAUAAGUGCACAUUAGGUGAAAAUGUAUGUCUUUGUAAUCAGUAUGUAAUAACUGUAUUGUUGUCAAUGUGCAGGCCGAACACUGCCAAAGCAUUUGAGCCUGGAGAGACUGAAUGAAUUUAUACUCACUCAUAGCAACAGUUCACCCAAUACUGAAAAUUCUAUUAUUUACUCACCCUCAUGUCAUUUCAAACCUCUGACUUUUUUCUGAGAAACAAGAAAUUUUGUCUGAAUAGGUGAUAAGCGCUUUUCCACCGUCGGGCCGAAUCAUUCUUGUUGCUUAACCGUUCCAUUUCAUGCUGAUCUGGCCCAGCUGGUAUGGAUAUGGCUUCAUUUUCCACUGUGGGGCUGACAACAGAGCUGGUAAUACAAAUGUGUCAGUCAUUGCCUUGGUACUAAGAUGAGAUAGCUAGUGACCGUGUUAUGGAGGAUGAACAGAUAUUUCCUUUUACUUCACUCAAAUAGUGUGCUUGGCCAGCUAGCUACAGAGAGAAACUAGCAGCCAGUAUCAGACCACAAACAAGUGACCCAUCCUGAGUGGCGACAUCACUACACUCAUUCUACCAACACGGUUCGGCUCAAGUGGAAAUCUAACUGUAACCAUUCCUUACUGUUCUUAGAACCAUUCAACCCGACAGUGGAAAAGCGGUUAAUGAUGUUGUAUAAACCAAGGUGUGCCUCACACGUCCUGAAAAGUGAAGCUGCGGGCUCUUUGAUC